AUCAUCCUCAUCGUCAUACGCUCAUCCUUUCCUUGCUACCAAGGUUAUCCCCCUCUCUCCACCGCAUCCGGUAAGUUGCUCUGAUCUCCCCUAUCACGCCUCAUACAUCACAACAAACCCUGCAGCAGCUCUGCCUUCUGGCCCUGUUGCACUGUUCUCCACUCCACCGUCUCCCCGCUCUCCCCUGCUGCUGCUGCCGCUGCCGCUGCCGCUCAUUCGAUUGCUCCGAAUCGCUAUCCGGGCCUUCCUUUCGAUGACCCUACAUUACAUUUAUCUACGUCUCCAACUCGGGAUGGAUGAUGUAUUUAAGUGCCACGCUGACCCUCCUGCUCUAGGAUUUUCCAACAACAUCCAAUCCUCCUUUCUCCCCACACCCCUUAGUUGAUAUUCAUUCAUCCAUCAACUCAUCUUCACAAUGGUAUUUAUGCGCUCUUUCUCCCGUCAACUUCGGCGGCCUGCCACCUCCCUCCUUUCGUCGAAGGGCGCCUUCCAGCCUGCUGCGAGCAGCCCAUUCCGGGCGACUCCUCUCGCGAACUCCAUUGCCGGUGCACGUACGCUAACCGCCUCUGCCAACCUACAGGGUAAGGUUCUUAUGGUCCUCUAUGACGGUGGUGAGCACGCCAAGCAGCAGCCCGGUCUUCUGGGCACCACCGAGAACGAGCUGGGCUUGAGGAAGUGGCUGGAGGAGCAGGGCCACACUCUGGUCACCACCUCCGACAAGGAGGGCGAGAACUCCACCUUCGACAAGGAGCUCGUCGAUGCCGAAGUCAUCAUCACCACCCCCUUCCACCCCGGUUACCUCACUGCCGAGCGUCUGGCCAAGGCUAAGAACCUCAAGAUCGCCGUCACGGCUGGUGUCGGCUCGGACCACGUUGACCUGAAUGCUGCCAACAAGACCAACGGCGGUAUCACCGUCGCGGAGGUCACUGGCUGCAAUGUCACCUCCGUCGCCGAGCACGUUGUCAUGACCAUCCUGACCCUGGUCCGCAACUUCGUUCCCGCCCACGAGCAGAUCCGCCGCGGCGAGUGGGACGUUGCCGCUGUCGCCAAGAACGAGUUUGAUCUCGAGGGCAAGGUCGUCGGUACCGUUGCCGUUGGCCGUAUUGGUGAGCGUGUGCUGCGCCGUCUCAAGCCCUUCGACUGCAAGGAGCUCCUCUACUACGACUACCAGCCCCUCAGCCCCGAGGUUGAGAAGGAGAUCGGCUGCCGCCGCGUUGACGACCUCGAGGAGAUGCUCGCUCAGUGCGACGUGGUCACCAUCAACUGCCCUCUGCACGAGAAGACCCGCGGUCUGUUCAACAAGGAGCUCAUCUCCAAGAUGAAGAAGGGCUCUUGGCUCGUCAACACCGCCCGUGGUGCCAUCGUCGUCAAGGAGGACGUCGCCGAGGCCGUCAAGUCCGGCCACCUCCGCGGAUACGGUGGUGAUGUCUGGUUCCCCCAGCCCGCUCCCGCCGACCACCCCCUGCGCACCAUGCAGGGCCCCUGGGGCGGCGGCAACGCCAUGGUCCCUCACAUGUCCGGUACCUCCAUCGACGCCCAGAUCCGCUACGCCAACGGCACCAAGGCCAUCCUCGACAGCUACUUCUCCGGUCGCAACGACUACCGCCCCCAGGACCUCAUCGUCCACGAGGGUGACUACGUCACCAAGGCCUACGGUCAGCGCACCAAGGCUUAAAUCCGGGGAUGCCAUGAUGGACUAGAUAUGUCGAUGUAGUAGUAUUCUCGACUUACCACCGAGGCCAUUGCGCACUUGUCAGUUAUGAUUAGCUAUGAUACCUAAAAUACAUCUCUCCUUUUACCGUUC